UUUUUUUUCUUUCUCUCCUUAUACUUUUUUUUUUUAUUUCUUAUACUCCAUUAUGCCUUUUUAUGAACUUGUUUGUAUUGCUCGAUCUCACCUUGUAGAAAGCAAUUUGAAAGAUCUGAUCCGAACUUCAGCAACACAGGUCUUACAGCGUGGAGGUGUUGUACGUGGAUUCGACAAUUGGGGAGAUAAACAACUUCCACAUCGUGUUAAACGACAUCAACAAUAUCAUACCAAUGGACACUACUGGAUGAUGCACUUUGAUGCCAAUCCUCUUAUUGUACAGGAAUUAGGAAAAAAGUUACUUGUUGAUUCUCGGGUACUUCGUCAUACUUUUAUCAAGUUAGGUGACAAGUUGGAAACCGUCGUGACUCGUCCUGACAAGUCUCAAUAGAUUCAUUAUAUAGACACUUCGUUUUUUUUUUACUCACAUAUUUUACAUACUUUUAUACACACACACCCUUUACUUGUUGUAAAUAGAAUAUCAUUCACCCCCCUUACUUAUUCUUUUGUCCCUUAGUCUGCUUUUCUUUUUCUUUUUCUUUUUUUUUUAACUUGUCAUUCAUAUGAAAUAAAUAUCGUUAUAUA